AUGUCAUCGAUGCAGAAUAGCGACACCACCAAUGGUGGUGAGGAAAACAAUCCUAUGACGAUAGAUGACAUGAAAGCAUGUUAUUCUCAAGCUGACGUCGAAGAUGCUAUGUUUACCCGCAAUUAUGUUGAGUACCGGAAUAAAGAAAUAAAGAAGUUACAAGACGACAUCGAGACAGCAAAGUCGUCGAACGACGUCGCUGGCGUGGAACACCUUGAGAAAUGCUUGCGGGACUACAAGGCGGAAACGCCAUCUUUACCUCCUAUUGACCCUACUGAACGGGGAGACCUGGACGCGGAUGUACUUUGGAGAAUCCGCGUCCUAAAGUACCAAAUUUAUCCCGACUCCAGUGACUUCCUACGUGAGAAUAUAAAUGCUAUUCUGAACGCGUAUCGUCGGGGAGAGCUGAAAUUAGACUUUGAUCAAGUCACUGUAUGGUUUGCAGGUAGGCUUGUUUAUGGGCCUGUUCCACGGAAAAAUUUUAACCUCGGGGCAAUGGUAAUGGAAAAGGGGCGCGGCUUUUAUGAGAAGUAUGGCCCAGGCACCCUAUGGGCUGAACCGGUAGCUAUCCGAACCCUUGAAUUUCUAUUUUGA